AUGUCUUCGUUUGCCCCUCCUUCAGGCCCGCCGCCUCCGCCUGUGCCGCCAGGCUGGAAGGCCCAAUUUGACGACCGGUAUAAGCAAUGGUUCUACGUAGAUCUGAGCACCGGUGUUUCCCAAUGGACGCCUCCAGAGGGACUCCCUCAUGCUCCCCCGCCAGGCGAUGGUCCCCCACCAGCCUAUGAAGCAGGACCAUCAAUGGCAGCUCACGACAAUAAGAGAACACCACCACCCUUUGGAUCCAACAAUCCCUAUGGCGGCGGUGGCCCCGGUGGAAACCAGCCGAACACUUCCGACGACGCAAGACUAGCUGCGCAACUACAAGCCGAAGAAGAUGCUCGCGCUCGCAGUCGCGGACCGUCAAACCUGAACACGCCUGCACUUCCGCCUCGGCCUUCGUCAAGUGGUUCUUCUCGAGGCAUAUUCGGCAAUAGACCGGCUCCUCCUGAGCCAUCCGGAGCUCCAUACCCGCCUCAGGGCUAUCCUCCACAGCAACAACCAUAUGGCUACCCACCGCCACAACAACAACAACAACAACAAUAUGGAUACCCACAGCAAUAUGGCUAUCCACCACCAAACCAGGGUUAUUAUCCGCCACAGCAACAACAACAAGCACCGCCACCUGAACAACAGAGGAAGCAUGGUAUGGGCACAUUCGGAAAAGCCGCUUUGGGUAUUGGUGGUGGUCUGCUUGCUGGUGCUGUGAUUACAGAUUUGGUGGAAGAUCAUGAUCAGAAUAUUUAUGACCAGGGUAUGGAGCAAGGUUACGAUCAGGGCUAUGACCAGGGAUUUGAUCAGGGUGAAUUUGACGGUGGUGGUUGGUAA